GCAACACAGAUUCACAAGAAAGGAAUCCAACAAAUCGGCCAGGCCCAGAAUGCCCCUCACGAUCGCGAAGUUCCUUUACACGCGUGGUUGCCCGAUACGCGCCGACUUUCGCCGAGGUUGCUCAUUAACAUGCGUUUGGACAAUAUUCAAUAUGCACAGCUGCAGGCCGUGGAGCUGAAGGAACCUCGUCCCAGUGGUCGAAGCCGUGAAACGUCAAUGAAAUUCUCCGACGUUGUUGCCAUCGGAGAGGUCAAGCUAGGCACUGGUGCAGACGACAAGCGAGACAACGAGCUAAAGGUAACUGGUGGCGCCACCGAGAUUUUGUAUAACGAUCCUUGCCGGCGUUUCGUCAAUGGAUUCACCAUCGAGUCUAACUUGAUGCGACUAUGGCAUUUUGAACGCAGCCACGUAUGGAUUUCUGACAGUUUCGACUUUCAUAAAGAACCCCAAGUUUUUAUACAGUUUCUCUUGUAUCUCCUGUUUUCGUCACCCAAGGAACUUGGAUUCGAUCCCACUGUUCGUCGGUAUAUCAGGAAAGUUCCAAUGCACUCUCAGGCGACAGAACAGACCGGCGACCCGCCUCAACCCGACGAGCAUCGAUGGGAGAUUGCCUACCGCUAUCAGGUUGGCAACCAAUUCUUCCUCGCAGAGGGACCUCCUAUCUAUGAGGAAGCUGCACAUCGGGUUACGUCUCGGGCAACGCGGGUUUGGCGUGCGCGGAAAAUGACUCUUCCUGAUCCCACUGAUGGACAGGACUAUGAGCUGAGCCAGGAGCAAUACGUUGUCAAGGAUGCUUAUCUGUACGAGGAUGCAGCUUUGGAGAGCAAUAUUUUGGGUCGAAUUAUGUCGGCGCUCAGGGCUGUCGAAGGAGUAGAUCCAGAUACCAGAAGGAAGUACUGCGAGGAUGCACCUCGCUACUUCAUGCACUACGAGCUUGACGAGGUUGUCAAGCUGCCAAAUGAAAAUGAAGACUGGGCGGAGGAUGACUUGACGAGCGAUAAUAGCGCCAAUAAAAGGACUACCUCUACUCCUACUCCAUCUCUUCGUUGUCCACAUCCGGAAUCUGCAUGCCACAGCAGCUCGCACCACAAUGAGUUCCACCCGAGACCUUUUAAUAGUGGUGCCGGGAAGACUACUUUCUCCCAGCAAGCACUUUUCCGCCGUCGCAAGCACGUCCGCACGGUGUUUACGCAAGUCUGUCAAAGCAUGUAUGAGCUAGACGACUGGGAGACAUUUCUUCGUUGCAUGAAGGAUGUCACGCAAGCUUUAUAUUAUAUGCGCCUUGCGGGAUGGGUACACCGUGACAUCAGUGGUGGGAAUAUCUUAUGGGACCCUGUAGCUAGUCAGGCGAGGCUCAGCGACUUGGAAUAUGCUCGGCCGUACGAGGAAGUUGGAGAGGCCCAUGACUCGAGGCCAGGUACUCUCGCGUUCAUGGCCGUAGAAUAUCAAGAACGCAGGUAUAUCUUCAAUCCAAUCGCAAAUCGUCGAAAACCCAUGGACGUCGUCAAGUUUCAGCAACCUCGGAACAUCCCGCGUCCGUUUGCCUACAACUUCUAUCAUGAUCUGGAGUCGCUUAUGUGGCUCUAUAUCUGGUUCAUGAUUUAUCACCCUCCUGUUCAUUGCGUGCCAGAAUCGAAGCUGGAUUCGGGCGCCUCUGCCGAAGCUCUUCUCGCAGUGGGCGACGAAUACUUCAGCUGUGGUAUCGAUGGCAGCAUUCCUCGCUAUAAGAUGCUAGAACAUGGCUGGGACACCAUCGAAUUACUCAUGUACG